AUGACUCAGACUGUGGAGAAGCCCAUGAAGAGGAAUUCCUCCGCUCAUCAUAACCACCACAGCCAACAUCAUGGAUAUUCACCUACGUCUACAUCUAUCUCUACCUCAACUACCAGCAGAACAACCACAAGAAGUGAUCAAUUCUCAAAUUUCGAAAUAUUAUUUGAUACUGUAUCACAAGACCAGCUACUGGCAGGUAUUGGAGGCUGGAUGGAAGAUUACGACAGGACUUAUGGCGAAGUCUACCCGCAAGAAGUGGAUUUGAACAAUAAUGACAAGCAGGGAGAUAAGGAGAAUUAG